AUAAUGAACUUAUAUUCAUCAUUAAAUUCAAUGAAUGAAACAAAUAAUAAUAGUAUUAGUAAUAGAAAUCCUACAAAUUUAGGGUUUCAUUCACCUCCGCCACCACCACCGCCACCGGUCGGACCGGCGGGUUUAGGAUCAAAUCUUUCACGGCCACGUCUUAUGAAAAUGAGAAAACAAACUAGUAGUUAUAAUCAUCAUACUAAUAACCCUAGGUUUACUCCCCACGUUGAUUCGGGUUUAGGGUUUAACCCGUUUCGGACUGGAAGUUCGACGUUUUCGUUUGGCGCGGGUAGCAGUAGUAGUAGUAGUAAUGUUGUUGAUUCGGGGUCGGUUUUGGAUGAUUUAAGGAAAAUGCAAAUUGAUAGUGAUGAAAGUGUUAGUAAUUUUAAGUUUAAGUUUAAUGCGGGUGAGAGUGAAGGAAAGAAGCGGUUUGAUGAAUCUUUGGCUGACCAGUUACCGAAAGAAGUGGAUAAGUUGAAGAUUGGGGAGUCGGGUAAUGUUGGGAGUGUCAAGAGUCGGGUUAUGAAUCCGUUUAGUGGCAAUGUGGAAAUGGACUUGCACAACGAGAUAGAUAAAAUGAAUUUGGGGAAGAUGGAUGGGAAAGCGUUUGUGUUUGGGAAGAGUAAAGAGGAUCUAAUAUCGGAUAAAAUGGGAGAGCUGAAAGUUGGUGGUGGUCGAGUUGAUAAGGAAAAAAUGUUUGUUUUUGGAUCAAAUAGGAAGACUGGUGAUGGGUUUGCAGGGAGAUCGGAGGGUUUGAAUAGUGAGGAGCGGUUUAAUAAAGAAGAGGUGAAGGAUGAUUUGAUAUCAAAUAGGAUGCGGGAAUUGAAAGUAGGCGGAGCUGGAGAAAACUUUGUGUUUGGUCAAAAUGUUGAACUUGAAAAACAAAAAGUUAAUGAAUCCGCUUCAUCUAGUAGUCAGCAUCAGCCAUUUGGGAAUGUUUCGUUUACCAGUAGACCUGAAAAGAAUGUUGGAUUUACUUUUUCUAGCAAAGUUGAUAAUAUUGGGGCUGCAAACUUUGAAUUUAAAAUGCCGGAUAAUAAGGGAGACUUGUUUUCUGGUGUGAAAAGCAUACCUGAGUCUAGGUUAAAGAAAAAAAAAGGGAAAGUAAGAAAACCAGUGAUUAGUCAACCAAGGCCUAAACAAGACUUUGUGUUUGGUCAAAGAAGUUCACCUGAAAUUUCUGAAAGUUUUGAAGCGUACUCGCCAAUGGAUGCUUCUCCGUAUCAAGAAACUUUAGCUGAUAACUAUUCUAGAGGAACAUCUGUGACAUCGGAUGACGCAACCUUUCAGAUAAAUGAUCAAAAUAGUGUGUGCAGUGACACAAAUAUAAUUAACUCAAAUAUCACAACGGAUGAAGAUUUGCUUGCUGCCACACAACGAUUGAAUGUUAAUGAUGGUGAUGACGAAUGCGAAGUUUCUGAGUCUGAAACCUUCAAAUCUGCAAUGGAGAACUUGGAUUUCAGUAGUGAUUCUUUUGCUACAGCAUUUGAUUCCGAUUUGAGUUCCACUGCAACCUCUGGAAGUAGUGAUAAGACGGGUACUCGGUUAUAUAAAUUUGGUUCAAAGUUAGAAAAUAUAAGCAACGAUAACUUCACUUUUGCUGCAUCUACGUCCGGUCAAGGUCAAUUGUCACCAGAUGCACGUCAGCAUAAAAAGAAACAUAGACUGAAGACAGGUCAAGAUUCUUACAGUCCAAGAUCAGAUACACAAAACUCGUAUGCAUCAUCAUCAUCUUCUUCGAUUUUGUCUUCUGUAAGGACCCAAAAAGUUGAUACGUCUACAUUAUCAAGUAAAACCAAGGAUAAUUAUAAACCCAUAAACAAACAUCAUUUAAAGAAUGAAACUUUUUCAACUGCAUCAGCUAGCAUUGCAGCAGAGGAAGCAUGUGAGAAAUGGCGAUUGAGGGGAAAUCAAGCUUAUGGUAGUGGGGAGCUAGCUAAAGCGGAAGAUUAUUACACACAGGGGUUAAACUCUGUAUCUGAAACAGAGAAAUCCAAAGGUUGCCUUAGGGCUCUAAUGCUUUGCUAUAGCAACCGUGCUGCAACUAGGAUCUCUCUUGGAAGAAUGAAAGACGCAUUAAAAGAUUGUCUGAUGGCUGCAGCAAUAGAUCCCAACUUUGUCAAAGUUCAAGUUCGUGCUGCAUAUUGUUACCUUGCUAUCGGAGAGGUUGAAAAGGCAACCCUUCAGUAUAUGAAAUGCUUGCAGUCAGGAAGUGAUGUCUGCGUGGACAGAAAGUUGUUAGUAGAGGCCUCGGAGGGUCUAGAGAAGGCACAGAAAGUGACAGAGUGCCUUAAGCAAUAUAACGAACUUUCACGAAACACGCCUGAUGCCAUAGAAUCUGGGUUGAGAGUUAUUAAUGAAGCUUUACAGAUUAGCAGUUACUCUGAGCAAUUGCUUCAAAUGAAAGCAGAUAACCUACUCAUGUUACGGAGGUAUGAGCAGAUCAUUCAGUUGUGUGAGCAGACUCUGAGUUCUGCUGAGAUAGAAACUCCCACAAGCUCCAGCUCAUGGAGAUCAAACUUGAUUGUUAAAUCAUACUUUUAUCUAGGAAGGCUAGAGGAAGCUUAUGAAUUUAUUAAAAAGCAAGAGAGCUCUGACCAUAUUACCGAAAGAUUAGAAAGCAUGCGUUUGGAGUCGGUGAUACCUUUAGCAGACACGAUACGUGAGCUUUUAUCUCGCAAGGCAGCUGGAAAUGAAACAUAUAAAGCCAGAAAGUUCACAGAUGCAGUUGAACAGUAUACUUCUGCCAUAGCGUGCAGCAUUGAAUCACGUCCUUUUGCAGCAAUAUGUUUUUGCAACCGUGCUGCGGCAUACAGAGCUUUGGGUCAAAUCACAGAUGCCAUUGCUGAUUGCAGCUUAGCUAUAGCUCUCGAUCCAAGUUAUCUCAAGGCAGUUUCUAGACGAGCCAGCUUAUAUGAAAUGAUUAGAGAUUAUGGACAAGCAGCUAUAGAUCUUCGAAAAUCAGUGUCUAUUCUGACGUCACAGAUGGAGGAAAAGGGCAUUCUUUCUGGAGUGUCAGAUAAAUCAAGUGUUAUGAACGAGCUAAGGCAAACUCAGCUUCGGCUCUAUCACAUUGAAGAAGAAUCCAGAAAGGGGAUUCCCCUAAACAUGUACCUCAUAUUGGGAGUUGAAUCAACUGCUGCUGCAUCAGAAGUCAAGAAGGCAUAUCGGAAAGCUGCAUUAAAACAUCAUCCUGAUAAGGCUGCCCUAUCAGUGAGUAGAUGUGAUAACGGAGAUGACGGAGUGUGGAAGGAAAUAGCUGUAAAUGUCCACAAAGAUGCUGAUAGACUUUUCAAAAUGAUUGGAGAGGCGUAUGCUGUACUUUCAAAUCCUUCUAAGAGGGCAGAGUAUGACAUGGAUGAAGAUAUGAGAAACGAAGUCAACAAAUUUACUAGAAGCAGCUCUGGAAGAAUGGCUGCAGACGUCCAAAGUCCAGUAUUUGAGCGAAGUGGGAGCAGGCAGUGGCAAGAUUCUUUUAGACCAUUUGUUGAUUCACAAUCUAAAUCAUAUAGGUAUUCGAGGUAUUCAUAAUUCUGGGUGCCAUCCAUAUUUCUGAGUCAAAUAGUUGCAUGAAAGCACAAAUAUGUGCAAUGACCAAGCAACCUAAUGUACAAAUGCUGUAUGUGAGGAGGAAAACAAGCGGGCCUCAAAAGGAGCGUUUCUGUAUACUUCUCAUUUUUAGGGAAUUGGAGACCAUAGGGCUGGUGUAUAUACAUAUGAUAGUACAACCCCUGAAGGACCGAUUCUGUGAGCUGAAUGACUUGUUUGUUACACUAAAGUUGGCUCAUUUACUUGUAUGAUCAAUGUAAAAGGAUUCUGUAUAAAUGUUGUUUUCCUUUACUGAGGGUUUGAAUGUACAGUAAUGUGUUAUAUUCUUUGAUUGAAUUCAAAUUUCAAACAAAUGAAUGAAGUGGAGAUAUUCUUUAUUUUUUUAAUGUAUAUUAUUUUUGUUA